AUGGCAGCCUUGCAGGUUCCAAGAUUGUCUGAAAAUGUUCAUCUGCACCUGGUAAUAGCAGGGUUGUGUGGGUCCUCUAGAUUGGCCAAAUCGAUAUACAAGGACCCGGUUCGAACGCUGGUAGAAUUCACGGCUCGAUCAAAGAAGUAUCUGGAGCUGGAACAGAUGGAGAUUGAGAACAUGGAUCAGAAGCACCAACCAAAUCCAAUGAAAAAGCUCGGAAAUCAGAGACAGAAUGAUUCCCGGGGUAAAAGGCAAGACGAAAGAGCUCCAACAAGGGAAAGGUUCGAAAAGUACACAUCCUUGAAUUCAUCCAGGUUCCAAAUCUGGAAUGAGGUGUCCUCUACCGAGAUGAAGAAGGUUGAUAGACCUCAGCCUUUAUUGAACCAGGUCAGGUCGGGGCAUACUACAGACGAAUGUUGGGACUUGAGAUAUGCAAUUGAGAGAAACAUUAGGGGUGGCAAAUUGCGCCAAUAUCUUAUAAGGACUCAAGGGUGGAGGAACAAUAGGAAAAGAAAGGGUCGGCCUAUGAGCCCGGCAAAAGAAAAAAGAUUGAAGGAUGAUAGUCGGGGUAAAAAACCGGUUAGAGAAGAGGAUGAAUUCGUGGAACCAAAGUUUGAAUGUAAUGUGAUUAGUGGUGCUUUUGGUGGAGGAGGUGAUACAAUGAAUGCCAGAAGGAAAUACUUAAGAGAGGUACUUUCGAUACAGGAGCGGUCUACAUUCAAAGAAGAAGCCAAACCAGACCCGCCAUUGCUAUAUUUCACUAGGAAAGAUUUAGAAGAUGUAAUGCCGAGACAUGUUGACGGUUUGGUCAUAACGGGGACGCUAGUCAAUUGCAGAGUCAAGAAGAUCUUUGUGGACAAUGGUAGUUGUGCUGACAUAAUCUUAUGGUAG